AUGGUCCCAUCCAUCUCUAUCGGAGGCUCAAUCGGAACUGCUGUCUUCAUCUCUAUCGGCACUGGCCUCGCCCAUGGUGGCCCAGGAAGUCUGUUUCUCGCGUACACCUUAUACUCUGUCAUGGUAGGCCUUGUAAAUAACUGCAUGGCUGAGAUGGCAGUGCAGCAUCCUGUGUCCGGUGCUUUCAUUAGAAUGGCGGGACACUGGGUUGACGAGGCUUUUGGUUUCAUGGUUGGGUGGAACUUCUUUCUCUAUGAAGCCCUCGGGGUGCCGUUUGAGGUACCGGCUUCGAAUAUUGUGCUUAAGUUUUGGAGGGAUGAUAUAUCUGUUGCAGCAGUUGUCGCGGCUUGUAUUGUUCUUUGUAGUGUUAUAAACCUGGGUGCCGGGUUCCUCGGCUCCCUAUGGAUCGCAGCUUUCGCCUGUGUUGGCCGUGAGUAUGUCUCUAUGAUCGCUGGAGAGGCCAAGUCGCCGCGGGUUUACCUCAAGAAUGCUUUUAAAACCACAUACAUCCGGUUCGGUAUAUUUUUCAUUCUGUCGUCCCUCCGUGUUGAUAUCAUUCUCCCUUACAAUGACCCUACCCUUGUGGGUAUUGUCAACGGGGUUGACGGUGCUGGAACAGGAGCUGCCUCCCCCUAUGUUAUCGCCAUGGGAAAUCUUGGAAUAGGAGUUCUUUACCAUGUCGUCAAUGGCCUUCCCGUCUCAAGCAUCUUCUCGUCUGUCCCUUUACAGCUUGGCUCUCAAGGACAGGCCCCCAAAUUCUUACUCAAGUGCACAUCCCUCGGUCUCCCUGUUUACUGUCUAGGCAUCUUCAUGCCAUUCCCUUUUCCAACCUUUUUGGCCGUCUCAAAUGACUCCGUUGUCGUCCUCACCUGGCUCACCACUGUCAUCACCGCCGCUGAGAUCAUCGACCACAUUGUGAUCUCAAUUACGUCCAUUUUCUUCUACCGAGCUUGUAAAGCACAAGGUAUCGAUUGCCCAACACCUCCCUACUGUGGCUGGUUCCAGCCCUAUAGCGCCUAUAUCUCGGCCACGUUCUCGACAUGCGUUGUCUACUACUACGGAUACAGCACAUUCCUGCCUGGCAACUUUACCAUCAGUGGCUUCUUCACUUGUUAUACCAUGGUACUUGUUGCACCUAUCACCUUUUUCGGUUAG